UCCAGAUAAAAUAAUUGGAAAUUGUGUAUUUCGAAAAAAAUCGCGAAUUCCAUAGAACUCUUUGAAUAUAUCUCAGUCGUGAUUGAAAAGAGAGAGAUAGAAAAAUUUCUGUGGAAAAUAGAUAAGAAUACCUUGAAAAUUUAAAUAAUUUUUUCUUAUUUUCUAGUUAAUUUUUUAAUUACAAAAUUCCCCCAAGAAAUGGUUGUAACACAAAUUAAACCAACAACACAAACAACAUCCCCUUCUUCUUCCAAAAAUUCAACAGAAGAAAAUAUUAUUUUACCUCCAGAACAUUUAUUUAGUGAUUAUAUUGAAAUUGUUUAUUUAGGCUCAGUUAUUUUAACUGGAUUAACUUUAAAUUUUUGUGUUUUGAAACGUUUACUUAUUGAAAAGAAAAUGACUGAACGUGGGGGAAGACCUAAGAAUGGCUUUGUUCUACUCAAAUUGAAUUUAAAUAUAAGCGAUUUAUUAAUUUUAUUAAUUCACGCACUUGGCAAACUUGGUUGGCUAAUAACUUAUGAAUGGAAGGGGGGAGAGUGUUUGUGCCGAAUAUUUAAUUUUCUUUCAAUGUUUACCCUUUAUUUGUCUUCAAAUAUUGUUAUCUGUAUUGCUCUAGAUAGGUUAACUACUGUUUUGAAUGCACAAAAAUUAAAUAUGGGACAGCAAAAGGUUGGAAAAUUGAACAAAAUAUUUUUUUAA